GGCGCGCGCCCCUGGGGGCCGUUGAAAAAUGGCGACUGUUGCCGAGCUGAAGGCGGUUUUAAAGGACACCUUGGAAAAAAGAGGAGUAUUAGGGCAUUUAAAAGCAAGGAUUCGAGCUGAAGUUUUCAAUGCUCUUGAUGAUGAAAGUGAACCUCGACCAUCACUGUCUCAUGAAAACCUUCUAAUUAAUGAAUUAAUUCGGGAGUAUUUGGAAUUCAACAAAUAUAAGUAUACAGCAUCUGUCCUCAUAGCAGAAUCUGGUCAACCCAUAGUUCCAUUGGACAGACAGUUUCUCAUCCGUGAACUAAAUGCAUUUGAAGAAUCAAAGGAUAAUACAAUAGGAAGAAACAUUUAUGAGGCUGGGGACGUUAAGAAUCUUGCUGAGGUCAAGUGGCAGGACCAGGAUUUGAACCCAGGCAAGGAUUUAUUAAUCCAACCUCUUUUGUAUGGAAUUUUAGCUCAUUUCUUGCAUGGAACUAAGGAUGACAUCCAAAAUACAUUUCUGAAAGGGUCUUCACUUCAGCCUCCAAGCCCAAAUCUUGGCAGACAACCUAAUGGAAGAAAGCAAAUGGAGGACCACCUACAGAAGGAGCAGGGGAGGCGUGCUAACACUGAAAACCUGCACACUUCUCCCGCAAUGAAGAGAUGACAUUUCCAUUUGGAGCGUUUUUUCUAAACUUGUAUGUAUUAAAUAACUUAUUUAUUCUCCUAAUGUUACCAGAAUUCAUCACUAGUGUUUGUACUUUGUGGAAAUGUGAGUUUCUGCAAAACCUUUAGCCCCUUGUAUUUUACUGCAUUUGUGAAUAAAAGCUAACUCUGUCAUCUAGCUUACCAGAUUUGACUUGAAAGAAAAUGUGUUGCUUUUAGGAAGAUUUUAAAGGCCCCUAAAUUUUUGAGAAAUGAAAGGGUUUUUUAGUACCCUAUAAAUUCUUCUAAAAAAAUAAUCAGGUCUUUAUAGCCAUAUGCUCUGUUCUUUUUUUGGCUGUACCACAUGGCUUGCGGGAUCUUAGUUCCCCAAACAGGGAUUGAACCCAGGCCCUGGCAGUGAAAGCGCUGAGUCCUAACCACUGGACUGCCAGGGAAUUCCCUGCUCUGUUCUUUACCAUGGCACAUUAAUUAAAUUUCCUUCAGGCUGGAAUUAUGUGGAUUUAUAGGAAAAUUCAUUCAUGUUUAAAAAAAAAAAA